AGAAGUAGAACUGAAUAAUUUUGGGACAUUACUUUCCCUGAGUAGUACCUGUCAGGCACUUCAGGCUUUCUUAAAUGUCACGUAGACUCCGUUCUCACUGUGUCGUCAGGUACAUGUGGUCGGCAGCAGUCCUACCUUUAAAUGUCCUGCCAUUUUCGCUAAAGUCGUGAAACCAGCCGCAAGCAGUGAAAGACACGGAUCACCUGACGGACUGAGCUCAGGAUAAUAAAACGCCACCGACGUUGCUGUGUAUUGAUCGAUUCCAGUGUCUGUGUGGUCAUGAACGCUGCUGCUGCUUUGACGCUGAACACAUAUUGAGUAUCUUCACCCAGGUAAAGGUACGCUCUCAGUAACAAUCAUGCGGGAUUCAGAUUGUCUGCUCAAAGUGCUGUGGUUGGUUUUAUGCCAAGCUGUUGCUGGCAGUUGGGCUCAGGCAAACAUAACCAGCAUGUUGGCACCGCAGGCGAAUCGCAUCAUGGCGCUUGGCGAAUGGGAGGAACGCUGGCAGGAGGACAGGAUCGGCUUCCAUCAGCCACAAGUACACAAGAUGCUGGAGAACAACAUCGAUAAGGUCCUUGCUGGACGGUCAAGCGUUCGCUUCUUCUUCCCUCUCUGUGGGAAAGCUGUUGAUAUGAAGUGGCUAGCAGACAUGGGCCAUUCAGUGGUCGGAGUGGAGAUAUCUGAAAAGGCUAUAAAACAGUUCUUUGAGGAGAACAACAUGACCUACAGUGAGGAACCUGUUCCUGCCAUACCAGGAGCAAAGCUUUACAAGGCAGGUGAACUAUACAUGAGCGUGUUUGCUUCUCAUAACAAAAUGUUAAUGCAGUUUGUGUUUGUUCCACAGAGCACAGAGAGAAAUGUCUCCCUGUAUCAGUGUGACCUGUUUAAUUUCUCCGGUUCCAUUGAUGGUCAGUUUGGGGCAAUCUGGGACAGGGGCUCUCUAGUGGCCAUCAACCCAAGAGACAGAGAAAAGUAUGCUGCUCUCAUAACGUCUCUUAUGGCCAAAGACUGCAGAUACCUUUUGGACACUUUGUUGUACAAUCCUGAAUUGUAUCCAGGUCCCCCCUUCUUUGUGCCGGAUGAACAAGUACAAAGCCUGUUUGGAAACAGCUGUGAUAUAGAACUGCUGCAGUCAGUGGAUGCUCUGACAGACAGACAUCGAGGCUGGGGGCUGGACUACCUGACUGAAAAUGUAUACCUCAUCACUUUUAAACAUUAACUUGUAAGUUUAGAGAGCUUAGAAAAGCAGAUCUUGGGUAUUUAAUUGCCAACACAGAAUCUAGGAAGUUUUUGCAUAUGCCUCUUUUUUUCUUUUUAACGCUUAAACAUCUUUUUGACAUUUUAGUAGAAAAUGGAGAUGUGUUGAAAUAAGAAUUUCUAAAAACCUUUUAAAACUCAGGAACUUUCCAAAGGAACCCAGUAAAGUUUUGAAUUCCUGACAUAAUAAAAUGCUUUUUGUAACAA